GUUAUAUAUGUGGUUAACCAACUCCAAUCCAAAAGAUAAGACAGGCUUGAAGAUCCAAAAGAUAAGACGCUAAUUAUCUUUUGAAUCAAAUGAACAAGUUUGAGUUAGUUUUCAUACCUGGGCCGGGGAUCGGCCAUCUUGCAUCCACGGUCGAGCUGGCAAAUGUUCUUGUUAGCCGAGAUGACCGUCUCUCUGUGACUGUGCUCGCCAUCAAGCUUCCCAAUGACAUCAAAACGACGACGGAACGUAUUCAGUCACUUUCAGCGUCUUUCGAGGGUAAAUCUAUACGCUUUAUUGUUCUUCCUGAACUUCCCUUCCCAAACCAAAGUAGUGAACCUCCCCCCCUUAUGCUGCAAGCAUUCCUUGAAAGCCACAAGCCCCAUGUGAGGGAAAUUGUGACCAACUUAAUUCAUGACUCGAACCGUCUUGUCGGAUUUGUCAUUGAUAUGUUUUGCACCAGUAUGAUAAAUGUGGCUAAUGAAUUUAAGGUUCCUUGUUAUUUGUUUUACACAUCCAAUGCUGGCUUUCUUGAUUUUAGCUUUCAUCUCCAAGAGCUUUACAAUCAAAACAAUAGCACAGCAGAACAGUUGCAAAAUUCAAAUGUUGAGUUAGCUCUGCCAAGUUUUAUCAAUCCAAUUCCUAAUAAAGCCAUCCCCCCCUUCUUAUUUGAUAAAGACAUGGCUGCUUGGUUUCAUGAUAAUACUAAAAGAUUUAGAUCAGAAGUCAAAGGUAUUUUGAUCAAUACAUUUGUAGAGAUGGAACCACAAAUAGUCAAAUGGAUGUCAAAUGGCUCUUCGAAAAUCCCAAAGGUGUAUACUGUUGGACCCAUUUUGCAGUUGAAGAGUAUUGGUGUUACACAAAGCAACAAUGCUCUAAAUGGUGCAGAUAUACUAAAGUGGCUAGAUGAUCAACCUCCAGCAUCAGUGGUUUUCCUAUGCUUUGGUAGCAAAGGAAGCUUUGACGAGGAUCAAGUGCUAGAGAUUGCUCGAGCACUGGAGCGAAGUGAGGUUCGCUUCUUAUGGUCCCUUCGACAGCCCCCACCAAAGGGUAAGUUUGAAGAGCCAAGCAACUAUGCUAACAUCAACGACGUCCUACCUGAGGGAUUUCUCAACCGAACAGCCGAUAUUGGAAGGGUCAUCGGGUGGGCACCACAAAUAGAAAUAUUGUCCCAUCCUGCCACUGGAGGAUUCAUAUCACAUUGUGGUUGGAAUUCAACGUUGGAGAGUGUAUGGCAUGGUGUACCAAUGGCAACAUGGCCAUUGUAUGCCGAACAACAAUUUAACGCAUUUGAAAUGGUGGUGGAAUUAGGAUUGGCAGUGGAGCUCACAUUAGACUACGUGAAGGAUUUUCAUAUAGGAAGGUCGAGAAUAGUGAGUGCAGAAGAGAUAGAAAGCGGGAUCAGAAAAUUGAUGGGCGAUUCUGGUAAUGAGAUCAGGAAGAAAAUCAAAGUAAAAGGUGAAGAAAGUCGAAAAAGUAUGAUGGAAGGUGGAUCCUCCUUCAAUUCAUUACGUCAUUUCAUUGAUGAUGCUUUGACUAACUUACAAGAGGGCAACUACUAAUGCCAUUUUGGUUUCAUAUAAUUCAUGAAAAAAUGUCUGUAACAGUGAAGGAGAGAUUUUUGAAAUAAACAGAAUAUUUAGUGGUAAAGCUUUUCUUUUUGUUGGAAUAAACCCCAAGUUCUGUAUUUCUCAAAUUCUCAGUCUUAUCUCUCUCUGCUUACUUCUCUA